AGAACUCCCAAUGCCCACGCUGGCUUACUUUCAUUUUUUAAAAAUUGCGUCCAUCCAAUUUUCCUUCGGCCAUCGGUAUGAAGUUAUAGCGGGUCGGCUCGGGAAAUUGUAAAAGUUCCGAGUGCAAGGGAAUGCACCACUACUACGUCAUCAAACAUCGACGGAAGAAGGUUGGUCACGUGUUUUAGAAAACUCUAGACCAACAUGGCCACCUGCUUAAGGAUGCUCGGCGCUGCGAGACAGCUGUACAGAAACUCUGCCCUUGCGGUAAAACCAGACUGGUCUGUGUCGUUCAGAACCGGCUGUGUUCGGUACGCCCUGAGCGGUACUCCGGCCCAAAGCCAGCUCCAGACCCCAUGGCUCUAUACCAGCACCAGGACCUCACAUCAAACAUGCACAAACCGCCUCUCCAACUUCCAAGUCAGCGCAUCAAGGAAAGCUGGCUGCAGGCUGACCCCCAGAUCUCACCGCUGGAUGCGGGUCGGGGCUGUUCUCCGCAGCCAAGCAGAUCUCCUGACACCGACCUCUCCACCCAGCGUGAGACUGGACAGGAGGUUCGGGAAUCGGGCGAGCGGUGCAGGCUUCUCUGGAGAAGACGGCGGGGAAAGUCAAGGGUCCGGGGGAGAAGAGUCUGGGGGAGACGGGGGAGUGCCGUACAGUGGAGCUCAGAUGACGGCUCUCACCCCCAUGAUGGUCCCAGAGGUGUUUCCCAACGUGCCGCUGAUCGCCGUGAGCAGGAAUCCUGUCUUCCCCCGCUUCAUCAAGAUCAUAGAGGUAAAGAAUAAAGCACUGAUGGAGCUCUUGAGGAGGAAGGUUCGUCUGGCUCAGCCGUAUGCUGGAGUCUUCCUGAAAAAAGAUGAUAAUAAUGAGUCAGAUGUGGUGGAGUCUUUAGAUGCCAUCUACUCUACAGGGACCUUUGUUCAGAUUCAUGAGAUGCAGGAUUUGGGAGACAAGCUGAGGAUGAUUGUCAUGGGACACCGCAGGAUCCGGAUCACAAGACAGCUGGAGGUGGAAACUGAGGAGGCAGGAACAUCCCCUGAGUGGUCCGAGUCUGAGUCCCAACCCCAGCCUCCACCAAGACGCAAAGCUAAACGAGGCCGCAAGGACCAGCAAAGUUCUCCGGCAGAGCAGCUGGAGGAAAAGAUUUCAGAAGCAGACCUGAGUCCAGAGCUCCAGCCGAUGCCCUCCUCCAACAUUCUGAUGGUUGAAGUGGAUAAUAUUCAGCAUGAACAGUUCACUGUCACAGAGGAGGUCAAGGCGUUGACAGCAGAGAUAGUGAAGACCAUCAGGGACAUCAUUGCACUCAACCCCCUCUACAGAGAGUCGGUCCUCCAGAUGAUGCAGGCUGGACAGAGAGUUGUCGAUAAUCCCAUCUACCUGAGCGACAUGGGAGCAGCUCUGACUGGAGCAGAGUCACAUGAGCUACAGGAUGUCCUGGAGGAGAUCAGUAUCCCGAAGCGUCUCUACAAGGCUCUGUCUCUGCUGAAGAAGGAGUAUGAGCUGAGUAAACUGCAGCAGCGACUGGGCCGAGAGGUGGAAGAGAAGAUCAAACAGACUCACAGGAAGUACCUGCUGCAGGAGCAGCUCAAGAUCAUAAAAAAGGAGCUGGGUCUGGAAAAAGAGGACAAAGAAGCUAUCGAGGAGAAGUUUAGAGAGAGACUCAAAGAGAGGACUGUCCCUCAGCACAUAAUGGACGUCAUCAAUGAAGAACUGAACAAACUGGGACUGCUGGACAACCACUCGUCAGAGUUCAAUGUUACCCGUAACUAUCUGGACUGGCUGACGAGCAUGCCCUGGGGUACCAACAGUGAAGAGAACUUGUUAUUGGAGAGAGCAAAAGAGGUUCUGGAAGAAGACCAUUAUGGGAUGGAUGACGUCAAGAAACGCAUAUUGGAAUUCAUCGCAGUGAGUCAGCUGCGUGGCUCCACCCAGGGGAAGAUCCUGUGUUUCUAUGGUCCUCCGGGUGUAGGAAAGACCUCCAUUGCCCGCUCAAUAGCCAGAGCCCUCAACAGACAGUAUUUCAGGUUCAGCGUGGGAGGCAUGACCGAUGUGGCUGAGAUUAAAGGACACAGGAGGACAUAUGUAGGAGCCAUGCCAGGGAAGAUUAUCCAGUGUCUGAAGAAAACCAAGACAGAGAACCCUCUGGUGCUAAUAGACGAGGUGGAUAAGAUCGGUCGUGGUUACCAGGGCGAUCCGUCCUCUGCAUUACUAGAGCUUCUGGAUCCUGAACAGAAUGCCAACUUCCUCGACCACUACCUUGACGUUCCUGUAGAUCUGUCAAAGGUUUUGUUUAUCUGCACAGCCAAUGUGACUGACACCAUCCCAGAGCCUCUACGAGACCGGAUGGAGAUGAUAAAUGUAUCUGGAUAUGUGGCCCAGGAGAAAUUGGCUAUUGCUGAGCGAUACCUAGUCCCUCAGCUCCGCUCCCUGUGUGGCCUGACUGAGGAGAAGGCCUCCAUCUCAUCUGAUGCCCUCAGUCUGCUCAUCAGACAGUACUGCAGGGAGUCUGGAGUCAGAAAUCUGCAGAAACAAGUAGAAAAGGUUUUCCGUAAGGUGGCAUUCAGUAUCGUCAGUGCUGAGAACACCACAGUGACUGUUACACCAGACAACCUGCAGGACUAUGUGGGUAAACCUGUUUUCACGGUGGACCGCAUGUACAAUGUCACUCCACCAGGUGUGGUUAUGGGUCUCGCCUGGACUGCUCUGGGUGGGUCGACGCUGUUCAUCGAGACGUCACUGCGCCGUCCCUCUGGAGGAGCUGACUCUAAAGGAGAAGGGUCACUGGAGGUCACAGGUCAGCUGGGGGACGUUAUGAAGGAAAGUGCAAAGAUUGCUUCAACGUUUGCCAGAGCCUUUCUGAUGAACAAAGAACCAGAAAAUGUCUUCCUAGUCAACUCCCACCUGCACCUGCAUGUUCCUGAGGGAGCAACUCCCAAGGAUGGACCAAGCGCUGGCUGCACCAUUGUCACAGCAUUGUUGUCCUUGGCAACCAACCAGCCAGUGCGUCACAACGUAGCCAUGACGGGUGAAGUGUCACUCACUGGCAAAAUACUGCCAGUAGGGGGAAUCAAAGAGAAAACUAUAGCUGCCCGGCGUGCUGGUGUGACCUGCAUCAUCUUGCCAGCUGAGAACCGGAAGGACUUCUCUGACCUGCCAGACUACAUCACCGAGGGCCUGGAGGUCCACUUUGUGGAUCACUACAGCCAAAUCUACCCCGUUGUCUUUCCACAGAACCAGUCAUAACUACCUUUGAACUACUACACUAAAAGGUUCAUGGUUCAUUUAUUUGUCAUUCUACAGCACAUGGUUGUAUAAUAACAAGUUGUAGGCUUGUAUUCUACACAAGAAAAGUUACAGCCAAGGUGGACCAGGACUUAUUUCCAUGGCAAAGAGGAGACAGAGGCACCACAUGACGCCGACUGUCAUUGUGGUUAUAGUUAUUGAAAUCCAGUAAUUUCUUUUUGACUGAUUCCUGUAAAUAUGUAGAUGUGGAAAGCAGCACCACAUUAUCACUUCCAAAAUCAUCCAGUGGAACAGCUGGCUCGGUGAUCCCUCACAUGUAAUUCAGUUUCAGCCACCGCAGAGUCCCUGGAUGUAGGAAGACUGUCAUGUUACAGAGACAUCACUGGACUGAAACCAUGCAGCUAACGGUGCCAAAUUUGGACAUAUACAGGAAAGUGAUUGUGAUGAUGAGCACUGGCCUGUCAUCACAGGAUGUGAUGUCUUCAGUAUACAGAAGUUGUGGUGAAAACUUGUCUCUGCCUCUAACCUGGAAGGACCCUUUUACAUAUUUCUUAUAUUAUUAUUGGCCAGAUGUGGUGAUGAUGAAAUAAAUUAAAUAGUGAUCAUACCUCUCAGCUAACUGCUGUUAUCUGUUCUAACCAGCAUCCACGGCUGUGAAUGUAUCCUGCUUCUUUUGAAUUUGAUUCUGAUUGUUUCAGCGAUGGAGACUGUACACCACAGCUCAUACGUUUAUCUUGGUUGAUGUGAAAAGUGGCAGAGUUUUCAUAAAAUGUGAGAUUAUACAAGUUUAUGUUAAAAUUGUAUGUAUGUUCUUUCUUAGGAUUUUUUUUGUUUUUUAUCUCCGUCUUAUUUACUGUUAAUAAGUGGUUUAGAGCUCCAUACAAGUCAAAAUUCCCUUUUGGGGAUG